GCUGGAGACCAGAUCCUUCUGGACACUUCCACGCUCACUGCAUAAAGCCCGCUGAGCAGGCAGCUCUGACGCCUGGAACCAUGGAUAAAUUUGACCUGAUUGAGAUCAUUGGGGAAGGCACCUUUGGGAAGGUGUACUUGGCUAAAGAUAAAUCAGAAAGCCGGCACUGUGUCAUAAAAGAGAUCAGUCUGACAAAGGAAAAAGAGGCUUCAAAGAACGAAGUGAUUCUUCUGGCUAAGAUAAAGCAUCCCAAUAUUGUAACCUUCUUCAGCUCAUUUCAAGAGAACAGCAGGCUGUUUAUUGUAAUGGAGUACUGUGAUGGAGGGGAUCUCAUGCAAAGGAUCCGGAGGCAUCGGGGAGUGUUAUUCAGCGAAGACCAGAUCCUGUGUUGGUUUGUACAGAUUUCUCUAGGACUGAGGCAUAUUCACGACAGGAAGAUAUUACACAGGGACAUAAAAUCUCAGAAUAUUUUCCUUAGCAAGAAUGGAAUGGUUGCAAAGCUUGGGGACUUUGGAACAGCAAGAACACUGAAUAACUCUAUGGAACUUGCUCAAACAUGUGCUGGGACACCUUACUACCUGUCCCCAGAGAUCUGUCAGAACAGGCCAUACAACAAUAAGACGGACGUCUGGUCUCUUGGCUGUGUCUUGUAUGAGCUCUGCACACUCAAGCAUCCUUUUGAGAGUGACAACUUACACCAUCUGGUUCUGAAGAUUUGUCAAGGACGUGUUGCUCCCAUAUCACCCCACUUCUCUCUUGACCUACAGUCCUUGGUACCUCAGCUCUUUAGAGUGUCUCCUCAGGAUCGACCAUCUAUUAAUUCCAUUCUGAAAAGGCCCUUUUUAGAAACUCGUGUUGCCCGAUACUUGUCUCCUGAGGUCCAUUCAAGAAGAAUUCAGUCCCAUGCUCACAUGGAGAACAUGGCCGUCGGCCUCACAGCUUGUUGGAGAGGUGGUCCAUGGUCUGCUGCAUACCUUCAGAGGAAAUUUGAAGCUCAACAAUAUAAGUUAAAAGUGGAAAGACAAUUGGGUCUUCGUCCAUCUUCUGUGGAGCCACAUCCAAACGAGAGAGAGAAGCUACAAAGCCAUCAGAAGGAGACAACAUUCCAGGAGCUUCGGUAUAGGAAGAACAAAAUGAAGGACCAGGAAUACUGGAAACAGCUGGAGGAAAUCCGCCAACAGUACCACAAUGACAUGAAGGAAAUCAAAAAGAAAAUGGGGAGAGAGCUGAAGGAGAACGCAGACCUCAGUUGUAGAACCUAUUUGGUGAAGAGGAGUCACCCGCCCUCCGGCUCUGAUGCACCGGAGGAAGACGUCUUGAAGCAGAGAGCGAUAAAGUUUGAAAUCAACCUAGAUAAAUGUAUUUUGGAGGAAGACAGCGUCCAAGAGAAUGAGGCAGUGGAUAAACUAAAUGAUACUUUAAGCUUUGAAGAUGGCACGAAGUUUCAGAAGCAUAGAUGUAUGGGGGAGCAUGAAGAUUAUACAAACAGAGCCUUUGAAGAGCUCUGUGGCCCAGAAGCAGAGGGUUUCUUUCAGGAUAUCAUUGUCACAGAGAACAGGAGACAGUGGGAUGCCAGAGCACCUCAGACUCUCCUGCAAAUAAUGGCAACAGCAGACGUCACCUCCACGUGUCCCACUAUGCCAGAUGAUGGCCAAGUUAUUGUGAUGGAAGGUAGUCCAGAAAACGGGAAGCAGUGGUGGUGGGAUGUGCCAGGAACCCCGAGUGCUUUGGCAGCAGACCGUGCCUGCAGUGGCUCAUUGUCUGCUGGUAAAGGAGAAACUGUAGUAAUAAUCAAACCACAGCUUCCUAAAGAAGACCGGGAAGAGGCAGAAAUAGCCAUGGGCAUUAUGGUGGGUGCUGAACAGCUGGAACCAGGAUCGGAUGAAGAUGACAUAAACUUUGAAGAAUCUGAAGAUGAGCUGAGAGGUGAAAUAAUAGAAUCUCUAGAAAAACUUGCAGCUUCCACAGAAGAAAGGGAACAGGCUAACAGUUCCUCCAAGAAUGCUGAGAAGCCAGGAGACACAGAAAAGACAAACUUGCCAGCCUAGAAACUCCAGCGAAGGUCUGGACGCUAUUUUUGGCCUGUUUAAUCUGUAUUGCUAAGUCCAAGGUUCACCAAAUGACAGUCAAAAUGUGCAAGUGUGAACAAUCUGUUCCCCAUCGAUGGGGAUCCAUGUCCUUAAAGAAAAACUCACUAUCUUACAGAUUUUACACACUUUGUCCUGACUAUGCUCUUGAGGGACAACUCUGAUGAAUGUUG